CGUUUAGUCGUGGAAACGGAAAGCUCGUAUUUCGGAUUAUAUUACAAAUACGAAAAUAUGAUAUUAAAAUCGUUUAUACUGCUCUCCCUGAAAUUAUUGUUGUUGACAACCUUUGCGCUUGGCGAUGGAAUGAUUGAGGUUUUUAAAUGGAAACAAAUGGAUUAUUACAAUCGCGGAGAUGGUCAAUCUUCAAGGCGACCAAAUCCAUCAGCUCCAGUCGUGUUCCCAGGUCAAUAUCGUGGAAAACGUGACGUGCUCACCUCACGGGACACUCCCAUGGGGUUUAUGCCGCGAAAUGACUUCGCUGACAAUUCCGGUUCAUAUAUAGCCUACAAUAAUGUUCCUAUGGGCGCUACACAUUUUCGAGGACGGCUGUUUGUCACCAUGCCUAGAAGACGUGUCGGAAUACCGUCGACCUUGAAUUAUAUAGAUAUGCAGCGCGAUGGCAAACAGAGUAGCCCGAAGCUAUACGCCUAUCCCAAUUUCGAGUUGAACCAGUUUAAUACCAGCGAGCAGAAUCUGGUCUCCGUCUACCGGACAACUGUGGAUGCGUGCCAAAGAUUAUGGUUCAUUGACACCGGCAUGCUGGAGUAUCCAAACAAUCGUCAGCAAAUCAGGCGACCAAGCAUCUGGAUUGUCGACCUCAAGACGGAUCGUGUCAUCAAACGCUAUGAUAUACCCGAGAGUAUUGUGGAUACUGGCCGUGGUCUGGCCAGCCUGACCAUUGAUGUGGCAUCCGAGAAUCAGUGUAGUAAUGCUUAUGCCUACAUUCCUGAUCUGGUCAAUAGCCGCCUAUACGUGUACAGCUUAGCGGAUGAUCGUAUGUGGGUCUUUUCGCAUAAUUACUUUAACUUCGAUCCAUUAGCUGGAGAUCUGCAUAUUGGUGGGCAGACAUUCCGCUGGGAUGAUGGCAUCUUUUCCACUACACUUGGAGCUCAGAAGAGCGAUGGAAGUCGCGAUGUCUAUUUCCAUGCGAUGGCCAGCAACAAUGAGUUCGUUGUAUCCAAUAAGGUUUUGCAAGUGGAGUCGAAUGCGGCGCGUUCCGAUCAUGGCAAUGAUUUUCGAGUCCUGGGCAGCCGUGGCCAGAAUAAACAGUCCACAAUGCAUGAUUACGACCCGAAGACUGGCGUCAUCUUCUAUGCUGAAAUUCAAACAAAUGGUGUUGGAUGCUGGAAGUCGAGUAAUCCUUUUACAGCCGAAAACCACGGCACCGUUGCCUCAAAUGCACAAAGCAUGAUCUAUCCAAGUGAUUUGACGAUCGACGAGGAUGGCAACAUUUGGGUAAUGUCUAAUUCGAUGCCAAUCUUUAUUUACUCCCAGUUGGAUCCGAACAUUUAUAAUUUUCGCAUCUGGAAGCAGAAUGUCAAGGAGGCCAAACGCAACACAGUGUGCGAGUGACUUAUGUGCAUAUAUGAAACUCUUUUAAUGACAUUUUCUUAAUGAAGUUACAUAAUGACGUUAUAAUUGUGUGUGUUUAAUAAUGUAAUAUAUUGAAAAUAUUAACAUAAAA